UUUUGUAUUUUAUUUUAACUGAGUGAGAAUGUGCUCAUCUAUUCUUUAAGGGAGCCUGUGUGUUCUGCAGCAGGUUGGCAGUGUCAUCCCUAUAAUUCUUAGUUGAGAUGGCCUUCCCUUCUAGACGAAGGCAUAACUUAACUUCUGGAGGUGUGAGAUGGAGCAGACAACAUCUCACUCUUGUACCAUGUGCAUCUCUGACAAAGCGAAUCCCAGGCUUCAGGGUGCUGUUAGCCCCCCGGGACCUGUUCAUACCUCUCCCAGCUGAACUGAAUGUCAUUUCAGUUUUCCUGCCCUGGUGCAAGGUCAUCCGUGUAUGGAAACCUAUUUUGUUUCAAAACAGGACACUUCAGAAAUGUGUGUCCAUAGUUAGAAGUGCUGUGAAGCAAUACAGGGUCUCAAUUUUGCUCAUUCUGUCACUUAAGUUCCUGUUUCCAUCCCAUUCAGUCACAAAGUGUAGAUUUUGCAGCUAGUGCAGGACAACUGUCUCCUUAGGGAGCCUGUGUGCAGGGGUGAUUCCAGGCAUGCCUUCGAUGGUGGUGAAAUGUGAAACUGAAAUUCUUCCUGUGUGUGAUGGUGGCCUCCCCGGCCCGCUGCUGAUGGCCCCUGCGGGUUCCUGUUUUCCUGAUGGAGGCGAUGCCGUGUUCCAUGAGCAGAAGUAGAAGGCUGGCCGGGGCCGUGUGCGGUGCGGGAGGCGCGGAGCGGCGCGCUGUGCCAGCAGUGCCUUCCUGCAGGCGUGGAGGACAGCCUCUGAGCGCCGUGUCUGCUGGGAUUAUGGGACCAUUUCCCACAGGCUGCAGGCAUGCAGUGAGGUAGUUGGGUUUUUUUCCAGUUUUGCCUUAGCUCAUACUUUUCUGCCUGUGGGAAGAGCAAGCCAGUGUCAAAGUGCAGGGCUUGUAGUUGGAGGAAGAAACAAUAACACCAUUCUCUGUCUAAGUCCCUGGCUAUUUAACUUCAGAGCUUGACCCGCUUUGCUGGCAGCAUGAUGUUCCUGUAGCAAAUACAUUGAAAGGCCUGAUCUGGUCAUGUACCCACCAGCUCUUGAACUUGCUGAACUUGUUGAAAAGGAACACUGAGAGCAGAAAGUGGUCUAGAAACUCACAAUAACACAUUCAUUUCUGAAAGCAGGUUCUUCUGCUGUGUGUGUGUCCCAGCCAGAGCCCAGCAGUGUGUGUGGUCAGUCACCUCAGUGGAGCCAGCAGAAAAGUAUGCCUAGGAUAAACUAAUGAAGGCGGAUGAGCUAACAAGGAAAUGGGAGAGAAGAAGCAAAAAGGCUAUAAACAGACAGACUUGGCAGUGCUGGCAGACAGGGAGGUGUGUGUGACUGUGGGCAUGGGUUGUGGGAAGAAGGCUGUGCCAGAAACAGUGGAGUCCCAGAAGGCCUCUGCUACAGCUGGGCAUCAAGAUCCCAGGGACGCUGUGCCUCCUGUCUUGAGCAUGUCUGGCUGGAGGGUUGGGAAGCAUUCAGGAUAGAGCCAGCAGCAUGGCAGCUGCUUGUCCAAGAGUGCAUCCUGUCCAUCUUGUCCUGCAACCAUCCCACCCUGCUCUGCUGUGUGCUGCUUGGGGCUGGUGCUGCCAGAAUGCACAGGGACUUUCUCCUUAAAAACACAUUCUUUCCCCACUGGCUUUGUCUGGGCAGCCCCACAGUGUUCUGAAGCUUCUUCCUGCCCCAGAGCUCACAUCCGGCUUCCUUUGGCUGCUGGGAUGUGCUGGGGACUGGAUGGGGCCCCACAGCUGAGAGCAGCAUCCAGGGAGCAUGCUCCCAGCUAAUGGGAAAAAUGUUCUUCUCAUGGUUUUGGCCUGGAAUAGCCCUGCAGUGAGCGGGUGGGCACAGGCAGCUUACUGCAGGAUGCUGAGAGCCGUAUCCUGGGCUGAGUGCUCAGUAACUGUAAUGGUAGCUGGGCAUGCAAGCCAAACUCAUGUUGCUAAAGAGAAUUAAAGUAACAUGCUGCCUGUAUAGGUAUUUAUAGAAUCCUGCUCCUUAGUUUAAUCUCCUCUUUGACUGUUUAUGUCUUCAUUUUUAAGUUAAAAGGUUCAGUAGGAGAGAAACCAAACUUUGUUGACGCUCUCAAAGAGAAGUGCAGUGUAACUAAUGAUCUGUGCAAUUGCCCAGCCAGAGACUCCCCUCUGACCUGUGCAGAGUUCAGAAAAACAUUUAUACCAGUGUGCAACUGACUUCUGCUGCUCCGUGUCUGUUCCAGAUGUAUCCUCGGUGCCUGCCACCUGCACAGCAGGCAGCUGCCCAGUGGCUGCAGAGCUUGUCUGUGCAGGGCAGAGCCCUUGUGGCAGAGCCUGGCCCUGCUGCAGUGGCCACAGCAGGUUUGCUUGCUGGGCAGGUGCUGUGCCUGCCGUCCCUGUGGCUGCAGGCACGGGGCAGAGGAAGGUGCUGGGCUCUCUGGGCAGGGCCAGCUCGGUGCCCUUGCUGCAGCAGGUGCUGCUCGGGGCCCUGUGCCGGUGCUGUGCUGCGUUACCCUGUGGUGACCACGGCCGGGCGGGCAGCCCCACGCCCAGCGCUGCCGCCAUAGAGGGGCUUUGUGUGAGCUGGCACAAAGUGAGGAUUGAUGCCGUUUCCCCUCCCCCUGCCCUGCCAGCAGGGCUGCAAAUGGCUCCCACAAAGGUACCCUUCUUCCCUCGCUCAGGACAGGGUGCCAGCGGGCUGAGGGGGAGGCACCAGGCUGCGGCUUGGAGCACCCACCCCUCCUUCUGUGCUGGUGCCGGGGACCCCCUCGCCCUGAGCCUUGCCCAGGCUGAGCUGGCAGCUGCUCAGGUUCCUGCUGGGGCAGCUGGACCUCCCUCCACAGGCCCCAGCAUGGUGAGACAGCCUGGGCAGUGCUCAGCAGCAGGCACUUCAUCAGGGCACCUUUGGGGGGGCUGAAGGCACCGUGUGAGCAGAUCUGCUUCCCUGCAGUGCCGCUACAGCUGGGUGGGAGCCUGCUGUGGUGUUCUUAACAUGCUGGGGAAUAGCAUCACUUACCUGGAUUUCAGUUCAGAAUGGCCUAAGAGAAGCUUACGUCAGCAUUCAUUACCUCCCAGCUCCUUCCAAUAUGCAGUGAGAAGUCACCACACUAUCGAGUGACUUGAAGUUUCAGAAAACAUUCAUGAAGAACAGAUUGUAAGCUCUUUGUUAAAUUCACGUUAUGUUUCUUCCGUGCUGUAUGUUUGAGGUUCUGCAUUAUUUGUGAGGCCUCUGGAUGAGCUGUGGGGUGGCACACAUUGGCACAGGGUCUGUCAUGGCUGUGUCAGGGCCUCCAGCAUUCCUGCAGCAGGGUCCUGUGCUCCUCGCCCACCCCAAGGACAGGGAGCCUGCUGGGAGAGGAGGGGGAGCCCUGGGGCUCAGGCUGCACUUGCCAUCAUGCUUGAAGGUUUGAGCUGCUUUGGGAGUGAAGAGGGUUCCCUUUGCUCUGUGUGCUGGAUGUGUGUCCAGCACACUGGUACGAAAGCAGAGCUCUGUCCUGUUUGGUUCAUCAGCAAUAGUGUUUGCACCCCUACUGGUCACUAGCACCUGUUUUGGACUCCUCAAGUAGUCUGGCUGUUCAUGUGACAUUAUUAUUAUUUACUUAGGGCCCAGACUUGCUCUUUUUUAUUGCCUGCAGCACGAUGUUUGUUCAGACUGGGCAUUGUGAAGUGUAAACCCAAUUCCACUGGCACCAGUACUCACCUCUGCCUUUUCUAGAAGCAGACCAGUCCAUGAUGCCUGAGGUGCGGGACCUCUCGGAUGCCUUGCCCGAGCUGCCGAUGGAUCCCAUCACCGGCGUCGGCGUGCUGGCGUCCCGCAGCCGAGCGCCCACUGGAUAUGAUGUUGUCGCACAAACAGCAGAUGGCUUGGAUGCUGACCUGUGGAAAGAUGGCUUGUUUAAAUCCAAGGUCACACGGUACCUGUGCUUCACCAGAUCAUUUUCGAAAGAGAAUAGUCAUUUAGGCAACGUCUUGGUCGACAUGAAGCUCAUUGAUAUCAAGGACACUUUACCUGUUGGCUUCAUGCCCAUCCAGGAGACCAUUGAUACGCAAGAAGUAGCUUUCAGAAAGAAGAGGCUGUGCAUUAAAUUCAUCCCUCGAGAUUCUACAGAGGCAGCGAUCUGCGAUAUCCGAAUCCUGGGGAGAUCCAAGCAAGCUCCUCCUCAGUACACGUUCAUAGGGGAGCUGAACAGCAUGGGUAUCUGGUACCGGAUGGGCAGAGUGCCGCGCAACCACGAUGCCGCGCAGCCUGCGGCUCCUCCCGCCCAAGCACCGGCUUCAACGCCCGCUCCCAACCUGCCCAGGCACAUCUCGCUGACGCUGCCCGCCAGCUUUCGGGGCAAGAGCCACAGCUCCCGCCUGGACCUGGAGCACCAGCACUCCAACCUGUACGCCAUCUCAGCAAUGGAUGGAGUGCCUUUCAUGAUUUCGGAGAAGUUUGCCUGCGCUCCUGAAGGGAUGCAGCCGGUUGAUCUCUUGGGUAUCACAAUCAAAACCCUUGCAGAAAUUGAAAAGGAGUACGACUACAGCUUCCGGACGGAGCAGAGCGCGGCGGCGCGCCUGCCGCCCAGCCCCACCCGCUGCCCGCCGGUGCCGCCGUCCUGAGGGCCGCGGCCGGAGCGUGUGUGCGUGCAUACUACUGAGCAGGACACGGGACACAGCGAUGGAACCAUCCCGAGGCCUCCCCGUGUCCGGCCACCGCCACCACGCCGCGCUGCACCGCCCCUGCACACACCGCUCCUCCGUGGGCACCGUGGCCCCUGGGCAGCUGCCCCCUACCCCCACCGCAGACCCCUCUCCACGUGAGUACAGGACUGAGGACUGGGAGCCUGACGCAGCCCCUUGCUCGUCCCCACUUUGUAACCCUGCUGCAGGACAGUCACAGAGCCCAGAGCUGUAGCAAACCUCUGCGAACACAGCCGGGAGCUUGCGGAGCAUGGAGAGAUCUCCCUGAAAGGAGCAGUGAAAGGCACGGCUGGGUGCUGCCACGCCAGCUGCCGUGGAGCUGCUUGGCUCUCGACACCUUGCAGCAGGAGGCUCCUGCAGCACCCAGUCCAGUGCAGAACUCAGCUGCAGUGAAUGCCAAUCCCUCUGCUACGCUCUGGGCACAGAAGUUCCGCUGUGGCUGGGAUCAGUCUUCAGAUCCACUGUGGUCCCUGGAUUUGCUUAGGCUGGGGGAGCCAGGGCCCCUGGCUCUCCCUGGGCACUGGCAGGGCAGGCAGGGUGCCCAAGGUGCACUGCAGGUCCUGAGAUGAAGCACCUUCGCUUUGCACAGGGUGUCCAUCUGUCCAUACACAUCUAGGGCAACAAGCAUCCUGUGUUUCUUUCUGGAUGGAUGCUGGCAGCGACACCCUGGCAGACCCUGUUGGUGCCCCACUGACCCCAGCCAAGCUGCCUGUGGACCUGCUGACAACUGGGAUGCCAUCACCUGCCCAUCAUUGAGACAGUUCUCUAACAUGUUCCCUGCUAGCUGCUAAAACAAAAGAGAUGUGCCUGGUUCCUGGGCAUUCAUGGGGAAGCACUGAACACUGAUGUGGCACAGGAUGAGAGUGGGAUGCAUUAAACCCUGACCUCUGCCUCCCUGUGAUCGCUGACCGGGCUUGCUCCCAAGCCAAACGCAUGUCCUGGAGAAGUCCUUUGCUGUAAUAAGUUAUUUACAAGUGCCCAUCUGACUCUGUGCUGCUCUUUCAAGUCUCUGCUGUAGAACAAAGAUACAUCAUGGCAGCAAAAUGGCAAUUUUGGAGUAAGAGUUAAAAUGUACAAUUUUUUGUAUUGUAAAAUACUGAUUCCCUGACCCCACUGAAAUGCAAUUGCCAUGGUAACAGUAACAGUGCUGUUGCUCUCAGCCUGGGUCGUACAUGUGCCCCGACCUACUUUGCACUCCCUUGGAUUGAUCUGGCAUUUGCUAGUUGCACAGAGUGGUAACUAACAGCAGUAUUUGUACUGUCAGCUAAUACUUUCUAUUUGUACAUAAUUCUUGUCCAAAGAUUCAUUUCUGGUUUUAAGGCACCACACUGUACUGCUGGGAUAAAGAGCACAAAAUACAUUUGGGACAAACUGAGUCCAGAUCUUUGCUUCAGCUUCUUCCAAUCAGGUAAAUAAUUUUCUGGAGCUGUGUCUGUAGAGUGGCCUGGUGGUUGGAGAGCAGAGGCCAAUUUGGUUGCAGGUACAUUGUUUCUGGGCAAAAGAGUUAAAGCUGUGCUCCAGCUCUGGGCCCUUGGGUGACCCCCUGGAAGUGCUCAUUUACUUGGAGCUUGCACCACCAUUUUUAGUUGUUAUUUAUCCUGCAGUAAAGAAAAGCCAGACCUCACUGCCAGGCUUCACAAAGGCCAGAUUGAUGAUGCCGACGUCGACAAAUGAACAUACCAUGGCAGCUUGGUCAUUCGGCUCAGGUUCACUUCAAGUUCAAAUCCACUCUGUGCCGUAGUGCUGUGCCCAUCUCAUCCAUCUUUUGUCUUUCUAUUUUUCUGCUUGUAAUUUGUUCUGUAGUUUUCUGUGACAUCCGUUUAUAGCUUCUCCUGUGGCUCAGUGGUCACGGCAGGUAGGCAGGAGCCAUCUGCAGCAGUGCGUUCCUCGUAGCUCUGGGAUGAGAGCUGACCUUCCCUGUUCAUGGUGGAGGAGCGAGGGCUAGCACAGGGCCCAGCACAGUCUGCAGAGCUCCAGGGCAGUGCCUGCCACUGGGAGAUUGAGAGACAGCUGCCAGCCCCUCCUGCAGCCACUCUUCCCGGGAGGGCAGGGCCGCAGCGGAUGGGGGCUCAGCAAGGAGCAGGUUCUGAGAGCCACCGAGCCCCGUGCUCAGUGCCACACUCCCUGGAUAUGUCUGGGGAAAUGGCUGCAGAGCUUCAAGUCCCUUCUGUAAGAGAAAAUCAGUGCUUUAGUAUUUGUACCAACUGCUAGGCUUGCUCAGCUUGCUCUGCAGUGACCUACAGGAAACGCUGGAUACUUGAAACACUGGCAGGAUACGCAGCUGGGACAGACAUCUGCUUCUUCAGGAUAUUUUUGUAUUCUUCUCCCUCUCUAACACUGGGCCAGCAAAGCUGCUUCAGGACUCACCUGCAAAGAACCUUGAGAGAUGAGUUUGCUCUCCAUGGUGUGGUCCUGCACCACGGCACUGCGGGGACAGCCUGGUUCAAAUGCACAGACAGGACAGAUGCACUUCCUGUGGGGCAAAUACAAUGAAGGUGUUUUGAACAAAAAGCUGCAACUGCUCAGAGCCAGCUGAGCUCUCAGGCCUGCUAACCACAGGCUGGAAAACUAGGCAAUUCCAAAAGGGAGAGGGCUCGGAGCCGGUGCUUUGGAAGCACAGCAAGACACAGUGCAGGGUGGUUGACUGUGUCAACUUCUCAGUCCACUGAUCAGAGGAAGCUUUUUUUAUUGCACUGCUGAAUUCCCGAGACCAGGGCUGUCAGGUCAGCAUUUCCACUGGAAGGUUUUAUUGGCUGCUCCAUAAUGUUUGCACUCAUGGCAGCUCAUUGCAAGGCUGGUCCUUGCAUCCUUACACUGAGUCCUCCAUGCUGGCAUGUGCCAUGGCCAGUACCAGCAUCUCUCUGCAUCUCCCUCCCUGUCCAAGAGGUGACUGUGGAAAAAUUGGCCCAGGCAAUAAAUGUUCAGGACACCUGAUGUGGAUCUUGUCUGGCUGAGGAGAAGCCUUCUGGAGCAUAAGGGGAGGGGAGGAGUCAGUGGAAAGCAACAGAAGUGAAUUUGCAGAGCUUUACCAGAUGUUCUUGGCUAUCUUGCCUGAAUUUGUAGAACAAAACUGGUCUCUAGGUAGUUUAAUCUUGUGGCUGAUGGAGAAGUUAGUUUGCCAAAUUAUUGUAUAUCUGCAACAGAGACAGAAAAGCAGCAGUGAGGGGUUUGCUUACUGUAAAAUACGCUUUCUGAUGUGAAUUCCUAGUGACACACUGCCUCCUGCAUUCCUCACGGCGAGAAGCUGGUCAUGUGCCAAGGUGACUUGUGGCCACCCAGGCCAGGCUGUGCUGUCUGCUGUGUUGAUCAUGGGAAGGCAAGAAGUUAGUCCAGAAAGUGAUGUAGAGUGUGAACUUUGUGAUAAAAUUCAAGUGUGAAUAGUAGUAGCAGGUGUCUUCCCUGAUGGGAGCACCUCGUAUCUGUAGUUCCAUAGGAGUAAACUGUGUCAGACUUUUCCUGUGACUGUCCCUGCGUGUCCCCACGGUGUUUGUUGGAGGUUUCCUGGGAGCCUCCUGUGCAGUGGGAGGUUGUUGGUAGUCUGUGGCAUUGGGCUUGUUUGGUUUCACACCCACCACUGCUCCCUCAGUGUCCUGAGCUCUCCAGACUGAACCCACAUGCUGCCAAGCCUGGAGAAUUCCUGUCGUGGGCACUGCACGUGCCAGGUAGGUGCUAGUGGCAAGGGCAUGCCUCCACGGGCCUUGGCACCUCCUCUUCUGUGGGGCCUGGAAUCUCCUGGCAGGAGGGGAAGUGGGACAGAGCUGGCAGUCCCAUGCUGGCUUCACCUCCCCUCUGCUCCCCAGGUGACUCGGGGUCUGUCCCCCCAGCUGUGCCACGGCAGCCCCAGGAGCCGCAGAGCUGUUCCUGCUCCUCCCAGAGGCAGGCACGCCUCGCUACACCCAAAUGAUUACCUCAGCCUUGGAGCCUUGCUGAACAGCCUGGAAUCCUCCCAGCAGCAGGGCAGCCCAGCCUUCCUGCCCGGGCCAGGGCACACAGGGGCACAGCUGCUCCUCUGCUCACAAACAAGCUCUGCGAGGUGCUGCUCGCUUCAAUCACCACAGGGAGACCAAACACUCUGGGUAUUCUGGUCUUUUCUUGUGAAAUUGUUUCCUAACAGCAACAGAUUUAAAUGUCACCAUACAAAUGGCAGAGAGAAACCUUUCAUGCAGUUGCAAGGUGGUUUUCUAAGAUGGUUGGGUUACUGAAAGUGAUUUUACUGUGCAUUAAUCUUAUGAAUGUUACUAUGUUUUAUAUUUAUUUUAGAUGACCCUCCUGUAUUUUACAAAGGGAAGUUUCAUUGUGUGAUAACUCCGUCUGUAUUCUUAAUAUAAUUUGUUAAAUGAAACUUGUUUUAAUCAGAUAA